UCCUGCUAGACCUCCGUGCCGCUGUGCGAUAUCCUCGCGCCCAUAUUCCUGCCAUUUUCCCAUCGAGUCAUGUCAGAGGCCAGGUCUCCGUGACGCUUCCAUAGCAGCGUCCGCAGAGCAGCUAUGGACAGGCAACGGACGCGCAAUGCGCAGCACCAUGGUAAGCGCCGAGCUGCAAGUUCUCUGCGCCCCAACGCCAACUUUGUCCUCCCGUACGAGGCCACCCGAGGUCAGUAUCAUUCAUCACUAUGUUCAAUCAUCCCGCGGUCUUGGUCAUAUCUUACCAGGCAUCGCGCGCUCUUCCCUGCCCAUCGUCGCCACCCACAUGCGCCCGUGGACGGCCGCCCGCCACUACCCCGAACGCGUGCGGCGCCGACCAAAGGGGACCCUCGUGCUUCCCCGCAGCCCCCUUCGUACGCGAAGGCGCUCGCACCUUGCCGACCAAUAAGCGCGCAUAUCUGCGUGCUGAUCUGCCACACGUCUCGCGAUGGCUGGGGACGGCAGAGGACGGCAAGGGGGCAGUCAUCUAUCACUGCUGUGCU